CAAGCCCAUCAAUACCUGGGUCAGAUAUCGCGAGGCAAGUAGGUUACCCCGAGCAUAAAUCUGCGGAGCAGGGUCUUCUCCUUCUCCCUUCCUCUUCCCCACGCCGCCGCCGCCACCUCCUGCUCCUCCUACAGGCGACCUCCCCCGCCGUCCACUAUGCCGAAGCAGAUCCACGAGAUCAAGGACUUCCUGCUGACGGCGAGGCGCAAGGACGCGCGGUCGGUGCGGAUCAAGAGGACCAAGGACGCCGUCAAGUUCAAGGUGCGCUGCUCCAGGUACCUCUACACCCUCUGCGUCUUCGACGCCGACAAGGCCAACAAGCUCAAGCAGUCCCUCCCACCAGGUUUGAGCGUCCAGGAGGUGUAAGCAUCAAGCCAGACAAUGCUCCUUUCCUAGUAGCCGGACAUGUUCGACCCAUCUUGUUCUAUUAUCUGUGAUCACUCAUCAGGGACCUUGUUACCUCAUUAACCGAGUUUUGAUAUUCCAGACUGAAAUGUAAUGCUGGGAGUUCUGUGGUUGGAUCUGUGAUGAUUUUGUGUCAUUUGGUAUACGUGCAUGUGAUGGUGUAGCCAGUUGAUUCUUCUUGACUUGAAUAUCUGUGAAAGAAAGGCUUUUUAUUCA